GUCACUUUUAAAUUGUGUGAAGUCUGAACUCAACUCUAAAAGUUACGCCGGUUUACGAACAGAUUUGUUUAUAUAAUAUUUAUUGUUUUUCCAAAGGUUAUUUAUUCAUAAAGUGAUGGCAAAAGGAGAAGGAACCGAACAAUAUUCCAACAAUAAUUUAUUAACGAAUAAACCGGUCAACUCAGAUGCGGUCAAAUUAGCUGUGACGCGUGAACAGAAGAACAGGUUGUCCAUAUGCAACAAGCUGUGCUACGCGGUGGGAGGAGCGCCCUAUCAGAUCACAGGUUGUGCUCUGGGCUUCUUCCUUCAGAUAUACCUACUGGAUGUGGCCCAGUUGGACCCGUUCUAUGCGUCGAUCAUCCUGUUUGUGGGGAGGGCCUGGGACGCUAUAACGGAUCCCACCAUAGGCUUCCUGGUCUCGCGUUCUCCCUGGACACGCUUCGGACGCAUGUUGCCAUGGAUCCUGUUCUCUACUCCUCUAGCCGUGGUCAGUUACUUCCUCAUCUGGUACGUUCCUGUGUUUGAGGAUGGGAGGGUCAUCUGGUACCUGGUCUUCUACUGCCUCUUCCAGACCCUUCAGACGUGUUUCCAUGUGCCCUACUCGGCUCUCACCAUGUUCAUCAGUGAAGACCAGAAGGAGAGGGACUCUGCCACUGCUUACAGAAUGACGGUAGAGGUUCUGGGUACUGUGAUUGGCACAGCCGUCCAGGGUCAGAUUGUGGGCAUGGCCAACGCCCCCUGUAUCCCGACGCCCGGUGAUAAUGUCACGGCCGACGGGUUAAACUCCUCCCUGUUGCUGGGACAGGAAGUCAACGCCACGAUCACCACUGUCAUCACCCUGGACCAAACGAAAACGGCCUACAACGUCGCCUCCGGAGCCAUCUGUUCCAUCUACGUCCUCUGUGCUGUGGUGCUGUUCUUCGGAGUCAAGGAGAAGAAAGAGUCGUCUCGGCCUCGGUCAGAACCCAUGUCGUUCUGGCAGGGUAUCAGGCUGGUGAUGGGCCAUGGACCUUACGUCAAGCUGGUGAUGGGCUUCCUCUUCACUUCACUGGCUUUCAUGCUCCUGGAAGGGAACUUUGCUCUGUUCUGCUGCUACACUCUGGGCUUAAGGAACGACUUCCAGAACAUUCUACUGGUCAUCAUGCUCGCUGCGACGCUCACCAUCCCCUUCUGGCAGUGGUUCCUCACCAAGUUUGGCAAGAAGACAGCUGUGUACAUCGGCACCUCUUCUGUGAUCCCCUUCAUGAUCCUGGUGGUGUGUGUGAAGAGUAAUCUCGUCAUUACCUACAUGGUGUCGUUCGCUGCCGGGGUCGGAGUCGCUGCUGCCUUCCUGUUGCCGUGGUCCAUGUUGCCAGACGUGGUGGAUGACUUCCAGGUCCAGAACCCAGACUCUCAAGGUCACGAAGCCAUCUUUUAUUCCUUCUAUGUCUUCUUCACCAAGUUUGCCUCUGGAAUCUCCCUGGGGAUCUCCACUCUCAGCUUGGAUUUUGCAGGGUAUAUGACUCGAGGUUGCACCCAGCCUGAGAACGUGGAUAUAACCCUGAAGGUUCUGGUCUCCGCGGCGCCCAUAGGACUCAUUCUGAUUGGCCUGGUCAUAUUCCGCUCUUAUCCAAUCGACGAAGAGAGGAGGCAGGGCAACAGGAAGCUGCUGCAGGAGCAACGGGAAAACGAGGCAGACUCCAAAACCGACUCCACAGAACUGACCAACAUGGUGUAGGUUCUAGAACACUCAUGGAUCAAUGGGGUGACUGAUUGUUGCUUGCACUAAGGUGGGGCUAAUGAGGGGGCUGGACCUAUCACGAAGGAGAUACUGCUUCCAUCCAAUCACACUGCUGCUUCAAAGGAUCACUAACAUAAGGCCAAAACCAGAAAAUGUUUCUAAACUGCAGCUCCGUAUGGCAAGGAAGGACAACAUAUCUUAACCCCCCCCCCCAUGAUAUGACUGACGGCCUUCCUGGUUUAAGUCCCGCCCACUUCAGCUAUGACACAUUUUCCCAACAGACGUCACCCGCUCUGUCGUCAGUGUUGUUUUUUGGGGUCAAAUCUAAAAUGGCAACCCAUUUCCUAGUGCACUAUAUGGGGCUGUGACGGCGUAAUGGGGACUCUGUACGGUGUCAUUUGAGACUCUUUUUUGAUGUUAAAUUAAUGUUGCACAGAACCUUGUUAUGUUAUGGGUACAAUGCGUAGUACUGGCGUGUACCAUUUGUUGAUGUAUAUUACCAUAACUUUGUCUAUUGUAGGUAUAACUUGAACAUCUCUAAUGACUUUAGACACUAGAACAAUGUAUUACAACCCUCUUUUUCUAGUGUGAAGAAGACUGUCCAAAGCUAAAUAAGAGCCUUUUUAUUUAUUUUGUAUUUAUUUUUUACUGGUAUCGAUUACAAAAGUCAGACUUUUACAUUUUUGAUAGAAUAUUUCUACAACAACUUUGAAUAUCAAAUGUUUCUACUAAGUGUAUAUAGACUUCAGUUUGGUACUGUCUUGACUGGUAGGGCUACUGUACUGUCUUGACUGGUAGGGCUACUGUACUGUCUUGACUGGUAGGGCUACUGUACUGUCUUGACUGGUAGGGCUACUGUACUGUCUUGACUGGUAGGGCUACUGUACUGUCUUGACUGGUAGGGCUACUGUACUGUCUUGACUGGUAGGGCUACUGUACUGUCUUGACUGGUAGGGCUACUGUACUGUCUUGACUGGUAGGGCUACUGUACUGUCUUGACUGGUAGGGCUACUGUACUGUCUUGACUGGUAGGGCUACUGUACUGUCUUGACUGGUAGGGCUACUGUCUUGACUGGUAGGGCUACUGUACUGUCUUGACUGGUAGGGCUACUGUCUUGACUGGUAGGGCUACUGUCUUGACUGGUAGGGCUACUGUACUGUCUUGACUGGUAGGGCUACUGUACUGUCUUGACUGGUAGGGCUACUGUCUUGACUGGUAGGGUUACUGUCUUGACUGGUAGAGCUACUGUCUUGACUGGUAGGGCUACUGUCCUGUCUUGACUGGUAGGGCUACUGUACUGUCUUGACUGGUAGGGCUACUGUCUUGACUGGUAGGGCUACUGUCUUGACUGGUAGGGCUACUGUACUGUCUUGACUGGUAGGGCUACUGUACUGUCUUGACUGGUAGGGCUACUGUACUGUCUUGACUGGUAGGGCUACUGUACUGUCUUGACUGGUAGGGCUACUGUACUGUCUUGACUGGUAGGGCUACUGUCUUGACUGGUAGGGCUACUGUACUGUCUUGACUGGUAGGACUCUGACUACUGUACUGUCUUGACUGGUAGGACUCUGACUACUGUACUGUCUUGACUGGUAGGGCUACUGUACUGUCUUGACUGGUAGGGCUACUGUACUGUCUUGACUGGUAGGACUACUGUACUGUCUUGACUGGUAGGACUCUGACUACUGUACUGUCUUGACUGGUAGGACUCUGACUACUGUACUGUCUUGACUGGUAGGACUCUGACUACUGUACUGUCUUGACUGGUAGGACUACUGUACUGUCUUGACUGGUAGGACUACUGUACUGUCUUGACUGGUAGGACUACUGUACUGUCUUGACUGGUAGGGCUACUGUACUGCCUUGACUGGUAGGGCUACUGUACUGUCUUGACUGGUAGGACUCUGACUACUGUACUGUCUUAAUCCAGCAUCAGCUGCUUCUGAUCUGUAAUAUAUUGUCGACCUGUUAGUCCCAGUAUCUGCAUACUGUUAAUUCAACACUUUUUCCCCCUCCUUUGUUUGUAGUGUUUAUGUACAUAUUUAGCAAUGUCUGGAAUAAGUUAGAUUUGUAUCAUUUAGUUCCUUUUUUUAAGACCUUGUCUACUAUUUGACACACUUUACAAGAAAGUGAGAUCUCUUAUCGAUUUAUUGUUUUACAAGUCGUGUGUUUCAUACAGUUUGAAACCAACUCAAAUGUUUCCUUCCCCACUUUUCUAUGGGCGGGUUUGUUUUGUAUGGUCCAGUACCCCUGGUGGGUAGAGAUUUCACUUUAAAGGACCAAUGCAAUGCUCUAAAAUGUACAAACACUGCCUACCCAGGGCACCGGGCCAUACAAAACAAACUUGACCAUACGCAUAUUCAACAGGGGUGUAUUCACUAGGAAAGCAAACAGGGAGGAACCUACCUGAAUUCAUGCAAUAUAAUCGUUCGCACAAAUGUAGCGCAAAUGCGCACAAAUGUAGCGCAAAUGCGCACAAAUGUAGCGCAAAUGAAUACACCCCAGUUGUGGCCCAGAAGAGAUUUGUGUCCAACUUUAUAACUCUAUAGACUGGAGGUAAAAGCUGUGCUCUUCACAGCAAUUUCCUCACCAUUAAACCAGAACCACUAUAGCAUAACUGUGAACCAAGCUAUUUUACACAGCCUAUACAAUCUAUAGUAUCUCUACUACGUCGUUACUAGUUAACGACGUAGUGUUGGGCAAAACCAUAAUGACAGUUCGUACUAAUCUAGAAAGAGUACAUUUUGAAGUAUUUGAGUGACAUCUGCAGUGUGGACUUUUGAAAAAUAUCCUGCUUUAUAUUCUAGAUUUAUCCUAUUUUUUAAAAAUAUAAUAUAUUUUUUAAGGCUGCUGUUGCAACUGAAAUUAGUUCUGAAUGCGUAUGACAAAGUUCUCACUUCCAUGUGUAUUGGGCUCAAAACCUUUUUUAUUUGGAAAGUUAACAAUUUGUAUUUAUUUUUUUAUUUUAUUUUUUUAAUGGUAAAUCCUCAGUCUUA